UUAAAUAAAAGAUAUUUAGUUCAACAAGUACAAAUAUGGACCUAUUCAAGUACAUGUUAUGUGACUUUUUAAGGUGCGCUUGACUUAAGUGACAUAAAACAAGUGUUUCUUUUUUUUUUUAUUGUAAAAGUUGUUUAUGACAACAAAUACAAGGUACAAAACCUGUAGCUUAGCCUGGACAAACAAAAAGCAGACUCAUCAUGAGCAGGGAAGACCUAAAAUCUGACAUCCAUGAUCUGUUAGAGGCCAUAUGGAAGGACUCGUUAAAGGAUGUCAAAGAUUUUAUAGCCAAAGGUGUAGAUGUUAAUCGAGCUGCAAUCAUUGAAUAUGAAGAUUUCAUGCCUCCACUUAGCUUAGCAUGUCAAAGAGGCAAUUUUGAAAUAGCGAAAUUUUUGUUUGAAAAUGGAGCAGACUUAUCAAUACCUGGAUCAGAUGGAAAAACUGCAUUACAUUAUGUCUGUGAAGGAGAUGAGCAUAGGGAAGAAAAAAAGGGGGAACUUUUUAAAAUCUUAAAAUAUUUAGUCGAUCAUGGAGCAAAUAUUGAUAUUAAAGAUAAUAUGGGAUGUACUCCACUAUUUACAGCGUGUGAAGUGGACGAUAUUAAUAUGGUGCGACUUCUAAUUCAGUCGAAAUGUGACAUAAACGUAAAUACGGUGAAUGGUUAUUCAGCUAUGAAAGUAGCCUGCAGAAAUGCUAAGUUUUGGUCAUAUUGGCAUGGCCGUGCUUUGUGCAACACUGCUACUAAAGUUGAUCCAAAUGAGUUCCCACCAAUUCAGAUUACUAAAAUGCUUCUACAGGCUAAUGCUAAUAUGACUGAUGCCACCUUAUUACCGACAGCAGUCCAGUUUGGAGAUCCAAAUCUAGUCAGAGAACUGAUAGGACUUGGUAUGGAUGUUAAUAUGCUUGAUGAUAAUAUGUGUACCCCUCUUGGCUCUGCUUGUACAUCUGUCAGUGUGAAAUGUGAUGUAGUUAAACUUUUACUGAGUCUUGGAGCAGAUGUCAAUAAAGGCGGAGGGUGGAAAAAGCAAAAGCCACUUAUCUUUGCAUAUGUUCACAAUUCAGUUGAUAAAAUAAGAAUUCUACUCUCAUAUGGUGCUAAAGUUACUCCAGAAGAAAUGACUGAACUUGUUUCCUUGAGCUUUUCCAAAUCUAUCUUAGAAAACCCUGAAGUGAUUGGACCAAAUAGCAAAGAACUGUUGUCAUGGCAACUACUUCUUGCUGCUGGUUUUAGGCCUAUGGUAAAUGGGACACAACUAGAGGAGAAGGUAUUCCAGCUUCAAAUGUGCAGUAGCUAUGAUAAAAUCUGUCCGUGGAUUACUUCUCUAUUGUUUCCCAUGCUCUCUCUGAAAGAACAUUGCCGAUUAGCCAUAAGAAACAGCAUUCCUACUAGUAUCGACAGUCAUUUGGACGGAUUGUUCCUUCCAAAACAUUUGAGAGAUUUUCUUAGCUUUCAAGAGUACUCGUCUGUUGAAAAUAGAUGAAAUUGAUUAAAUCAAUUGUGUACAUUAUAUUCGCCAUAUAAGACUUGUUUAUGAUUAAGUUUUAAACAUGUGUACUUAGUAUAACUGUUUUAAGGUGCCAUAUUGUUAGAGUUGUAAUAUCAGUCACUAUAGUGCUAUGUUUAUUAUACAGAAUGCCAUGUUUGUUUUUAUGGGUCUCUCAUGCAAUGAGUCAAAAGUUACAAAGAUUUUACUAUUUUUUUGCUUAAUUAUUUUGCUGCAGUUGAGGCCAAGCCUAGAGUUUAUUGUUGAUAUACAUGGUAUAUAUAUAUUCUGAAUGGUUGCAAAGCUUUAAGUGUAAUCUGUUUGUUGUUUUCAUAUUCUGCCUAAUAAAUAUCAGUCAUAUGUUUCUCUGCAUGAGUACGUGUAUAUGAACACUUCCUUUAUAAAACAAAUAGAAAUACAAUUAUUCAGUCUUCCAAUGGUGAAAACUUUAAUUUGGUUUCAUGUACAUAAAGAAAUAGAUAAAUGCUAUAUAUUAAGAAUAUUUUUAAAGUUUUUCCCCAUUUUUAGAAUUUUUACAUGUACAACAUACUUUUCAGGCAUGUAUCAGAGGAUAUACCAGUGGCGGAUCCAAAAACUUUCAUAAGUUUGGGCCCACUAACUGCCUAAGAGGGGGCCACUUCUGUCACGCUUCAGUGGUUCCCUAUUUAAGCAACCAAAUUUUUUUCUCAAAAGGGGGGUCCGGGCCACGUGCCCCCCUUAAGUCCGCCUCUGUAUACUACAAUGUAUGUUCAGAGGAAAAUAGGAUGUUUUUUUCAAUUUCGCAUGGUCAUAAUGGUAGAUUCUAAUCCAAUAACUGUUAAACAUAUUUAUUUUGCUAUAAUUGAAUAUUUCAUAAAAAGGUACAAAGUGGAAUAAAUUGAGUUACUUCUCUAAAAUGUUAUAACAUAUUUUAUUGGCACAUAUUUAUAAUAUUUUAAGUUAUUUCCCUUUAUAAGGGUUUCUACAACAUAAUCUGAUUUUUGUAUUUUUUCAUAUUUAAAUGAAAACAAAAUAAUAUUCUUGUAGAUUUUAUUUACAUUCACAAACUGGCUAUUUACAAACUGAUUUACUGAAAACUGUGGUAUUACUGAUUUCCUUAACAAAACUCCUCUGCAGGUAUCAGUAUGAUAGCAAACAUUUAACUACAAUUGUAUGCGGCAUGGGCUUUGUUUAUUGUUGAAUGCUGUAUGGUGACCUACAAAUGUAAAGUUGUUAAUGUGUCAUUUUGUCUCUUAUGGAGAGUUGUCUCAUUGGCAAUUUUACCACAUCUUCUUUUUUAUACCUGUAUAGCAGGUAUUUGAUUGAUAGUGUUUAUCCAUGUGUUUAUAGAUAGUGGUAAUAUUUAUCUGUACUAAUAGACCAGUUGAAAUAAAUCAACUUCUCUUGUUCGUCAAAUGAUGUUUUUCACUUUUUUUUAUGUUUUUAUAGAGCAAUGGCUUUCCCAGUAAAUAUUCCACAAUGCUUUACUAUAGCUUUCUUUCAUCAUGUUCAUACAAAAAUAUUUCCCCAAAAAUUGUGUAUUACAUAAUUGUAAACAUAGAAGUUACUUUUUGUCAAUUAACAAUACAUAUCUUAAUGAUUGCAUGUUGUUGCUUGGUAAUGGAUGAUAUGUGUGAUUAUCUCCCUUUAAAACAUGUUGUCAUCUUUAAGCACAUACUAAGGAAAAAAAUAUAUUUUAAUAUAUAAUUAUAAAAAAAACGUUUUUACCCAUUUUUAUAUAGCCGAAAAAAAUGACAUACAAUCAUUAUGUGUGUCAUGGGUAAAGAUUCAUGCACUUAUUUACCUGUUAGCUCAGUGUAUCACUCCUGAAUUUAGUGAUGUUAGGGAUUGUCCACCAGUAUACUUUACAAGGACACCCAAGGACAACUUAGAACAAGUUAGGUACUAUACCCUGUAUGUAUCACAUGAUAUAAGUUUCCAUCUUCAUGAUCAUAUUUAAAGGUUUGUUUUGUUUAUUUUAUGAACACAAUGAGCUUGCUUUACAUGCAGUUUGAGGGGAAGUAUUUAGUUAUCAAGAUAAAUAUUCAAAACUCCUCUAGUAAUAAGUUUAGUCAAUGGUGAAAUUGUAAAACAAAAGAAAACCAAAAGGAUAAAAGUUUAUAGAAUAUAAUAAGCCCCUAAAUCUUUUGGUGACUUGUUAUUACUUUGGAGAUGGGUGCUUGUAUUUUUCCUGAGAUUUUGCCUGAAGAGAAAUUGUUAACUUUUACAAAUACUUAUACUGCAAGUGAUCUUUUUUCAAAAUAUCAGAUAACAUUUGGAAAAGUACAUUUUAAAAACAUUUUAAAUAUGACAUUUUGAUUUUUUAUGGGAUUGAAAAAUAUAAUGAUCAGAAAUAAUAUGUCCAGAAUCAUCUUAACUUGCUGUUAAUUUUAGAUAAUUUUACAUAAACUUGCUUGCCUGUAUUACUUGAUUAUUAUAAAAUAUAAGAUUCAUUAGACAAUCUGUGUAUUUAAGUUGAGUGCAUCAAUUUAAUAUUUAUUAGGCAGAAUAUGAUACAUGUACAUGUAUAUCUGAAUAUAUUCAACAUUUGUAUAACAGAGCCAAACAUUGUAGUUAUUACAAUUAAUUGUAUUGUGAAUGAAUCAAAAUAAUAUAAGCAAUUA